GUGAUGUGUGAUGUCAUUUUUUUUUUAGAAAUAACAACAGAGUUUUGUUUUUAGGUUAACUUAUAAAAUAGAAAUUACGAUCUCGUUUUUAUUUGUAUAGUCGGAUUCGUCUAUAACAAAACCGUUCAUGUCGUCUAUGACCUUUGGCCAAAAAACCUUCACUCCGACUCCUCCAGAUAAAGGAAGUUUUCCGCUAGAUCACGAAGGUAUCUGUCGGAAAUUAAUGAUUAAAUAUAUGAAGUGCCUAAAUGUAAAUAACAACGACAAUUCAGCGUGCAGAAGUGAAGCUCGUGAAUACCUAGCUUGUCGUAUGGACAAUAAUCUUAUGGUGAAAGAAGACUGGAGAAAACUAGGUUUAGAGUCAGAGAAUUAAGUGUUGAAAUGGUGAACAUUCUUGUGGGUUGUACUGGCAGUGUAGCCACAAUAAAGUUACCCCUUUUAGUAAAUGGUUUAAUAGGUCUAAAUCCGGAGAUAAGA